UGCGUUGUUUACAUGUGAUUGUUGCUACAACACAACUUCUGCUUGCAUGACGUAUGUAGGUACCUGUAGGUCGGUACCUGUACUGGCAGGCUUAGGUGCCCUAAGCUUGCCUAAAAAAAAAUACUUCCACGUCCUGCGCGUCAGUCGCGUCAUCUAAUUGCUUUUCGGUAAAUUGAUUCUGUCUAUCAAUAUCAAAAUCAAAAUGCCAUGACAAGUGCGGAACCUCUUAUUUUUUAUCCUGCGUAUUGCUUUCAUCUAUCCCCAACGAUAAACAAAUGGUGUCCUCUACGAGCCAUCGAUAUCCACGGCCUUGAAGGUCGACCGGGGUUUGAAGGUGAUAAUGUGUUUUUCUCCUUGAACCACCCUAUCCGCUGGGUUCGGAUCGUCGGCGUCGUAGUUGCGAUAGACCAGUAUUAUAGCUACCGGAAUUACACUGUUGAUGAUAGUACCGGGGCGUGCAUCGAAUGCAGCAUAACUACUCCGAAGCCUGCUGAUAGUCGACUCGGGAACGACGCAGAAAACCCAGUCCCGGAUCCAUAUUCGGAAAUUGACGUCGGCACGGUCAUCGAGGUUAAAGGUAGUACGCAUGUCUUCCGGGGACAGAAGCAGAUCAAGGUGCAAAAGCUGCAGAGAGUCAUGUCAACAAGUCAAGAGGUCCAGUUUUGGAACAAGAUUCGCGACUUUCGCAAGGAUGUUUUGAGCAAACCCUGGGCAUUGGAGAGGAAGGAAGUCCGGCGAUGUAAGAAGCAAUACAUGGCCGAUGUGGAGUCUAUGGAGAGGAAGAAGAAGAGAAAGGAAAACAGGCUUGCUGUCGAAAAGCAUAAGCGGGAGCUAGAACCUGAGGACAAGGGCAGAGAGACGAGCAAACACGCGAAACAAGAGUCCCUGGUUAAACUAGAAGCCCGAAGCUCACACACCAAAGGUCAAUACAGCGCAUUAGGACUGUGAAUACACUCAUAGGUCCUACUCCUUUUCUCAUAGAUCACGACGUGACAUGCUAAGUAUAUAGAUUCACGCUUCAAAUAUUCGUAUUGCAGGGAUUAAUAUAAGUCAAUAUGAAUAAUCGGUAUCGUG